AUUAUUUUACAGGGUUUAGGGUAGUUAGCCUGAAGCGGUGUUUAUAAUAGCGUAUGUGAAGAUCUAUUGGACUAUUAGUGGUAACUGUCAACCGACAAAGUAGCUGAAUAUGAAUUGUGUUUGUUGGUUACGAUUUAUCGUCGUUUUAGCCCUUUGGACAUCGAUUGCAUUUUGCACACCGGAUUGCGAUCGACUGGAUAUACGAGGAGAUAUUGGUACAGUUGGAACUAUCAGUUCACCAAACUUCCCGGCGUCGUAUCCUAUGAGGAAAGACUGCCGUUACGUUAUAGAUGGUAGAAGUUCUUUUAACCGAAUCGUUCUCACGAUCCGGAUAUUUUCGUUGGAGCCUUCUCCAGGUUGCGUGUAUGACUAUUUGUCGAUCUACGAUGGACCUGGCAUGACCUCAAACCUGCUUGGGAAGUACUGCGGUACGAGCAUACCACGAACUGUAAUUGGAAACGGGAGGAAAAUGUACAUUCGAUUUCACUCCGAUAACUUUGUGAACGCCCCGGGAUUUCAAAUUACAUAUUCGUUUAUUGACAUCGACGAAUGCAGUAUCGGUAGCCCGUGUCAAGACACGUGCACAAACACGCAAGGUUCAUUUUUCUGCACUUGUUUAAGACCGGGUUUCACUCUCUCAGCGGACGAAAGGUCUUGCCAAGAUAUAGAUGAGUGCGCAGGACAAAACCAGUGUCAAGAGCUCUGCCGAAACACUCAAGGUUCUUAUGUGUGCGGCUGCAGGAACCCUGGAUACGGAUUAAACCCAGAUGGUGUUUCGUGCGGAGAUAUUGACGAAUGUACCACGACGAAUAAUGGGGCACUUCAUCGAUGCGAACAAAUGUGUGUUAACGAACCUGGGUCGUAUUACUGCGAUUGCAACACUGGUUACACCUUGAGUCCAAACGCUCGAACAUGCGAAGAUAUCGAUGAAUGCAUUGUUAGAGGAAAUGAAUGCGGACAACAAUGCGUUAACGUACCCGGCAGUUGGAGAUGCGAGUGCUUUGAUGGUUACGAGAGUACUGGGGACGGAAGUUUUAACUGUGUAGACCAAGAUGAAUGUGAACAAGGUACCUAUCCUUCGGUGUGCGAGAGUUGUGUGAAUCAAGUCGGUGGUUUUGAAUGUAUUUGUCCGGCGGGCUUUAUUGCUAAUGAAGAAAGAACAAACUGCACCGAUAUUGACGAAUGCAACAACUCCACAUACGGCACCAAUGGUGGAUGCGAGCAGAUUUGCACUAAUACACCGGGCAGUUACUUCUGUGGUUGUGAAAGUGGGUUUGAAGGAUCAUAUGGCAACGUUACAUGCGCAGAUAUAGACGAAUGCAAUGCGGAAACUAAUUCAUGUGAUCAGAAUUGCGAGAACUCCCCUGGUUCGUUUUCUUGCUCCUGCAACGCUGGGUUCGAGUUAUCAAAUGAUGGACGAACAUGUGAUGAUAUCAAUGAAUGUUCAGAAGAUAACGGAGGUUGCCAGCAACGUUGUGUAAACGAAGAAGGAUCAAAAACCUGCUUGUGCUUCGAGGGUUACGUAUUGCUGCCGAAUUCAACUUGUGCAGAUAUUAACGAAUGCUUGUCUAACCCGUGUGAUGAAACAGUGAGCUCCCGGUGUAACAAUUAUGCUGGUGGUUUCAAUUGCUCGUGUCCCAGUGGGUACGAAGUGGAAAAUAAAGUCAACUGUAUGGACAUAGAUGAAUGCGCGAUAUUCAACGGCAACUGCUCGCAAAACUGCAUCAACCUGCCAGGGUCGUAUUCGUGCACAUGCGAUGCAGGAUUUAGCAAAGUGUCAGUAACCCGAUGCGAAGACAAUGACGAAUGUGGCGACAAUCCAUGCCAACAAAUAUGCACCAACACUCCUGGUAGUUUCAGCUGCGGUUGCGAAACAGGGUACCAACUUACGGAAGACGGUUUAUUAUGCGAAGAUAUGGAUGAAUGUAAUGAUGGUACACAUAACUGCCAACAUUCGUGUGAAAACGUAAACGGAUCAUUCGUAUGUAGAUGUAGAGAGGGUUUUGAACUAAGAUCAGAUUCAUUCUCUUGUGUUGAUAUCGAUGAAUGUGCUCGAAACAUGUCCAGUUGCUCCGAUAUUUGCAUCAACGGCAUCGGUUCAUAUCACUGCUUCUGUAGGUCGGGUUAUGAGUUUAGCUCCAGCAGUAACAACACUUGUCAAGAUGUUGACGAAUGUGCGAUAAACAACGGUGGAUGCGAACAAACGUGCACCAACACUGAGUCUAGUUUCAGAUGCGAAUGCACCGAAGGCUACACACUGGUGAAUGAAACUUCAUGUGAAGAUAUUAACGAAUGCGACGUAAUGAACGGUAUGUGCAGUCAGUAUUGUAUCAACACUGUAGGUUCGUACCAAUGCGACUGCAUACCAACGUUUAAACUGGAUAACGACAACAAGACCUGCUCACAUUGUCCAAGUUGUCAAGAUUUCGUUCAACUUAAGCAAGAAGUUGAAAGUUUGAAGCAACAACUGACUGUCGUGGACGAACUGAGACGUCAGAUUCGGGAAUUACAAAACCGAGUUACAGAAUUGGAAGUAACAGACCGUGGAACCAUUAUUUAAAAUGUGUUUGUUUGAAAUAAAAAAAAAACACAACUGCUGUUAUAAUGAAAUAAACGAUACAUACACA